GUCCGGCGGCGCCAAGAUGGAGUCGGCGGCGCUGGUGGCGCCGGUAACGGCGCUGGAGUUCGCCGGGGACGUGCUACUGGCGGGCACAGGCCCGGAGGUGGUGGCGUUCCAGCUGAGCGGCGGCGGGCCGGCGGUGGCGGCAGGGCGGCGGAGCGUGCUGUGUGAGGCCACCGUGCAGGGGCUGCGGGCCGAGUCCGGCGGCGGGGCGGCAGUGCGGGUGGCAGCCUUCGGCAGCCGCUGCCUAGCAGUGCUGACAGUGCGGCGCGUUGGGCCGGGCGGCGGGGCGCGGCUGGCGGCGUGCGGCGGCGGGGCGGCGCGGGAGCUGGGGGCGCGGGUGUGGGAGGCACGGUGGGCUGCAGGCGGGCGGCUGGCCUUGGCGCUGGGCGGAGGGACCGUGGGACUAUACGAGUGGCGGAGCGGCGGGAGCUGGCUGCAGCGGACAAGCUGCAGCGGGGCCGGGGCACUGCGCUGCGCCGUGCUGGCGGGAACGGGCUGGACACGGCUGGCGCUGGCGGCCGGUACGGCGACGGGAGUCGUGGUGGUGUGGCGGGCGGCGGAGGCGGCGGCCCCGCGGCGGCGGCUUCGCGGGCACCGGGGCGCGGUGCUGGCGCUCUGCUACGCGGCACCACGGGGACUGCUUGUCUCCGCUUCCGAAGACCGCAGCGUGCGGCUGUGGGCCGUGGGCGAGCUGGGCGGCGGGGAUGGGGACGGGGACAAGGAGAGCUCCUGCCUGUUGGUGUGCUGCGGACACGGGGCGCGGGUGGCCGCCGUGGCGCUGCGGGGUCCGCUCCCGGUCAGUGUCGGGGAAGACGGUGCCUGCCUGGAGUGGGACGGCUGCGGCGGCGUGGGGCGGGCACGGCGAGGCCAUCGCGGAGCCCUCCGCGCCCUCGCCCUGCGUCCUGCCGGCGGCUGCCUCGCCACGGGCGGCGACGACGGCGGUGUCCGGCUCUGGCGGCCGCAACAAGCGCCCCCGGUGGCGGCGGCGCUGGGGGCCCCAGGGCGACCGCGGGCCGUGCUGCUGGUGGGGCCGCGGCGGGUGCUGGUACUGGACGAGGCGGGCGGGCUGGCGGCCUACGAGGGAGCGACGGGGCGCUGGGUGCCGGUGCUGCCCCUUGCCGCCGGCGGUUCCCGCGGGAUGCUGGCGGCCAUCCCCCUGCGCGGCGCGGAUGAGGCGCUCUGUGCCCUGGGCUGUGGCGAUGGGUGGCUCCUUCUCUUUGCCCUGGGCCGCCCCGCUGACGCUACCGCUCUAAGGCUGUUUGAGGGGGGCGUGCGCGGACUGGGCUUUGCUCCCCGUCCCGGGCAGCCCCCCGAUGCCACCGCCCUCAUGGUUUCCGGGCCUGACGGGGAGAUGCUGUGGUUGGAUGUUGUCCACCGCCGCGGGCAGGCACCCGAAGCGAGACUCAUGGGUCGGUACCUGCUGCCCCCCUGCAAGCAGCGCUGGCACACCUGUGCGACUUUCCUGCCCCAAGGAGGGCUCCUGGUCUGCGGGGACCGCCGGGGCUCCCUUCUCCUUUUCCCAUGCAGCAGCUCCCUGGGCAGGGCUGUGGAAAGCACCAGCAUCGCCAAUGGCGGUAUUGAGCCAGUCCGCGAGGGCUCGGACAGCAAGUGGGAGCCCUCUUGCUUGUUGCACAGAAGGCAUCUUCCGCUCGAGGCCCCCUUGUCCGUGCUGUUUGGGCUCCACGGGAAGACAGGGGUUACCUCGGUGACCUGUCACGGGGGCUACAUUUACAGCACUGGCAGGGACGGUGUCUACCGUCAGCUCCACCUGCAGGCCCAGCAGCUGGAAGUCCUGCAGAAGCACAGACCCUGCAAGGGCCUGCAGUGGAUCGAGGAGCUGCAAUUCACCAUGGACGGGGACCUGCUUGUGCUGGGCUUUCACGCUGAUAACUUUGUGGUGUGGAGCAGCAGGACUGGUGAGAACCUCCACUGCGUCCCCUGUGGUGGAGGGCACCGCUCCUGGAGCUACUGGAGCAACUCCUCAGCUGAGGCCUUUGCCUUCAUCAAAUGUGGGGAUGUGAUGCUGUACCACUGUGAGGCCAAGCCCCGUGAGCAGCAGGUGCUCCUGGCGUCCCUGCAUGGGCGGGAGAUCACCUGUGUGCGACGCCUGGGGACAGUGGAGGUGCCCGGCCACAGCCCUGUUAAUGUCUUCAUCACCGGCAGUGAGGAUACCACAGCCUGCAUCCUGGUGCUCAGUGAGCCCUCCCGGACAGCUGUGCCCCUCAUCCGGCUCAGUGACCACAUCUCCAGUGUGAGGGCGCUGGCACUGGCCAGGCCUGCAGGACCUGGUGAUGAAGGCUUCAGUAACAAGGGCUUGUCUGCCCUGCUCUUCUCCGCGGGUGGCCGGGCGCAGAUCGAGUGCUACCGGCUGCUGUGUGCUGGUGACCCGGCAUCCAAGAGUGCUGUGACCUGCCACGUUGCCCAUUUGGCUUCCCACAGGCUGGAUGAGCACUGGGAGCGGAAGAAGAACAGGCACAAGCUUGUCAAGAUGGACCCAGAGACAAGGUAUAUGUCCCUCUCAGUUGUGCCUGGGACCAGCACCAAGCAGCUGCCAACAUCGUGGAAGUUCCUGGCUGCCGCCUGUAGUGAUGGAUCAGUCCGGGUCUUUGGGCUGCUGGAGGCCGCCAGGAAGCUGCUGCUGGUGGCAGAGUCAUUCCACCACCAACGCUGCGUGCUGAAGGUGGAGGCAUUCCUGUACACAGGGGCAGGAGGGGAGAGGAGAUACCUCCUGUGCAGUGCAGCCACUGAUGGCAGUAUUGCCUUCUGGGACAUCACUGGCCCCAUCACAGAUGCAGCACAUGCUCUGCACCAAGCUGAAGGAGAGAUGCAGCCCCUGGCCCUGGGCAGCCCUCUCCUCACUGUCAUGGCCCACAGCUGUGGUGUGAACAGCCUCCACAUCCAGGAGAGGCCAGAGGGACAGUACCUGGUGGCCAGCGGCAGUGACGAUGGUUCCAUCCACAUCUGCCUGCUGGAGGUGACCCUGGGCGAGGGCUCAGCAGAGGCCCAGCUGCGCAUCCUGGAGCGGGUGGCCAGGCCCUGUGCCCACGCCGCUCACGUCACGGGGAUCCGGCUGCUGCGGCACGACCUGCUGCUCUCUGCCUCUGUGGACCAGCGCCUGACACUGUGGCACUGGGCUCUGGGCAAGCUGGAUGAGCUCAGCACCACCUUCUUCCAUGUUCCUGACCUGGCUGAGCUGGACUGCUGGGAGGUGGCAGAGGCAUCCGGGGAGCUGCGGUACUACUGUGUGCUCUGUGGGCAGGGCCUGGAGAUGCUGCAUGGUGUGCCCCCCCCCACUCCUCAGGCAGACGCCCCCCAGUAACAGGGCAGCCAUGCAGCAUACUCUGCUCCCUUCCUGCCUGUGGAGGGCACCUUGCAUUUGUGCUGUGCUCAUUACCACAGCCUCUGUCCCAGCCUGUGUGCUGGUGUGCCCUCUGCUGAGGGAAUGGGUGUGCUUAGCUCCCUGGGGGACAGCACAGCCAAGGCUAGGAUGCACGAGGCUGGUGAUUUGGGGAAGAGGGUGGAUGUGACCCCUCCAGGGCAAGUCUACUUCUUUGCUGCCUGGGAAGCUAUAGAGCCAUCUGCUCAUU